AUGAAAAGUAACUUGGAUGAAAGCCAGAAAAAUAUUGACCCUGCUAAAAUCCGCAAUUUUUCCAUCAUUGCUCAUAUUGACCACGGCAAAUCGACCCUAGCCGACCGCUUAUUAGAAGUAACUAACUUAAAAAAUAGCAAUAAAUCCUUUGAAAGAAUACUCGAUAGUCUUUCGCUUGAACAGGAGAAAGGUAUCACUAUUAAACUAAAUGCGGUUCAACUUUAUUAUCCGCCGGAAAGUCCCACUCCUUAUAUUUUUAACCUGAUUGACACUCCUGGACAUGUCGAUUUUAUGUAUGAAGUUUCCCGUUCUUUAGCUGCUUGUGAAGGGGUAAUACUGCUGGUUGAUGCGACCAAGGGUAUUCAAGCCCAAACAUUAGCUUAUUAUGAAAUUGCCAAAAAACUUAAUUUAAAAAUCUUACCGGUUAUUAAUAAGAUUGAUUUGCCUUCUGCUCAAUUAGAUAUGACUAAAAAUCAGUUAAUUGAAUUACUAAAUUGUCAAGAAAGUGAUAUAGUUUUAAUUUCGGCUAAAAACUUAAAGUUUCAACCGACUUGCCUCCGAAAAAACUCUUCUACCCUAGAUGCCGCUCUUUAUGUUAAAAAUACUAAUCAGGCCAAAAAAAUAACCGAAAAGGAAAUUGGUUCUUUUCAAACCCUUACUUUUAAAGUUAUCAGUCAAAAGAAAAUUGAAAGACCUGGUCCGGGAACUUAUGACCAUGAAUUAAAAGUUGAGCCUUUUUCCUUGAGAAUGGAGGGAUUACCAGAAAUUUCGCGAAUUGUUUUUGAAUUUGGCUACGGUCAAUCUCUUGAAGGAACUCCGUGCGAGAUUGAUAAUGAUAGCGGCGGGGUUUUAAAUUUUUCUAGUUCGAAAACUUUGAGGUGGAUAGUUUGGUGGAAAAAACUGAUGGGAAUAAACCAGGAAAAAAAGAAAAAAGUUCAUACCAUUCAAGAAGAGCAUCCAGCAGUCAUUAUUUCUAACGAUAAGCAAAACCAGUUCAGUUCGGUGAUAACUGUUCUGCCGAUUACCUCGCAAUUGGAUAAAACUUAUCCUUUUGAGGUUCUUAUUAAUUUAGACAAACUCAGUAAAAUUCUCCUCGACCAAAUUACUACUAUUGACAAACAAUAUCUAAAAAAGAAAAUUGCUUCGCUGACUGAGAAAGAAAUGGCUAUAGUAGAAAAUCGUUAUUAUGGGGUAAUUAUUUAUGCUCGUAUUUUUGAAGGAAAAUUAACGAAAGGACAAAAAAUUAAGUUUCAUACUAAUCAACAAAAGAUUUAUCAGGUAGAAAGAGUUGGAGUAAAAGUUCCCAAAGAGAUUUUAAAAGAUAAAUUAAUUGCUGGAGAAAUUGGUUGGUUUACCGCCAACAUUCGUGACAUGCGAGAAGUAAAAGUUGGUGAUACUGUCCUUGACUUAAACAAUAAUGACUCGACUUUAGAAGGUUAUCGAGAAGUAAAACCGAACGUUUAUUCUAAUUUAUAUCCCAGCGAUAGUUCUCAUUAUAAGGAAUUUAAAAAAUUUUUGGAGGAAUUACAGAUUCAAGAUAGUGGUUUAAGUUUAGAAACAAUUGAUUCACAAUUACUUGGCCCCGGCUUUCGUUGUGGGUUUUUGGGUUUGUUACACCGAGAAGUUGUUUGUGAAAGGCUACAAAAAGAAUAUAAUUGCGAAAUUAUUACUACACCACCAAGCAUUAAUUACCAAGUAAUUUUCUCGAAUGGUGAAACCUUGGAAACUAAUAAUCCACAAAAAAUACCAGCCAAAGAAAAAAUAAAGGCCAUCAAAGAGUUAUUUAUUUCCUUAAAUAUCGCUACUCCGGAGGCACACUUAGGAGCCAUUUCCCAAUUAUGUCAAAAUAAACGGGACAUUCUAUUGAAUAAUCAAUUAAUUCCUGAUUUGUCUUUUUUGGUUCAUCGCAGUUUUGCUUACGAACGAGCCAAAGUAGUAUGUGAAGGAUUGAAAGCAACCCUUAACCAGCAAACUUUCACAAUUCCGAUUCAGGCUACUAUUGGUAAUCAAAUAAUUGCACGGGAAACUUUACCAGCCCUCAAAAAGCACGUUACUGAAAUCUUGCUGAAUUCUGUUGCGAAGGCACAAGAGCUUAUUAGGAAUUUUGCUAACGAACACAAAAAAAACCAAAGUUCUUUUACUCCAGAAAUCAUAAAACGACUUGCUUCAACAAACGUAAGGCAACAAUAUUUUGGUUUAAGAGACCUUUAUCAACGAUUAAUUAUUCCUGAACUGGAAAAAGAAAUCAGAAGAGAAGCAGAAGAGGAAACUAAAAAGAAGUGA